UUUGGUUUCUUCACUUUAUUUCGUGGGCUUCACUCACUGCUCUUUCUUUCUUCUUUCCUUUCUUUCUUCAUCUCUUUUCCCUUUACUCUUCAAGCUACUGUACUGUAACAUCUGUCUCAAAUCUCUUCCUCUGUCAAAGCUUUAACGUUUUCGAUAAAGAAUGGCAUUGCAACCAGCAAGCAGCCCAGCUACACCUAGUGCCCAAGUGGUUGGAAAUGCUUUUGUUGAGCAGUAUUACCAUAUUCUUCAUACUUCACCAGAAUUAGUUUUUAGAUUUUAUCAGGACACAAGUGUGAUAAGCCGGCCAGAUGCUGAUGGUGUAAUGACAUCGGUGGCAACUAUGCAAGGUAUCAAUGAGAAGAUACUGUCAUUGAAUUUCCAGGACUACAAGGCGGAAAUAAAAACAGCAGAUGCUCAAAAAUCGUAUAAGGAAGGGGUUACUGUGUUGGUAACUGGAUGCUUAAUGGGCAAGGACAACUUGAAAAGGAAAUUUGCGCAGUCAUUUUUUCUUGCACCACAAGACAAUGGAUAUUUUGUCCUAAAUGAUGUUUUCAGGUAUGUGGAGGACAAUGAACCAUUAGAGAGCCAUCCAGUUAAUGGCUCUAAUAACACCCCAACAGUCCCUUCAAUCCCCGACUCAGAGCCUUCUCAUGUUCCUGAUCCUUCUGCACCCGACCCAGCAAUUUUAGCUAUGGAUCAGGAUAAUGUUGCUGAGAAAGCGAGUGAUCCAGUUAACUCUGAGAAGGAGAUAGUUUAUGAAAAAGAGGUGGUUGUGGAAUCCCAAUCUCACUCCAAUGGGACUGACGUUUCUAUAGUUGUCGAAUCACCUUCUUCUGCUGCCCAAGAGGACAUUCCAAAGAAAUCAUAUGCAUCAAUUGUUAAAGUGGCCAGAGGGAGUUCAGGCCCAACAAAAGUUUAUGUACCUACAAGAACUGUAAAAGUGAGUCCUAAGAAACCUGAAACUCACUCUGUGCCAAUAGCACCUGUCACUGAGCCUGAAGCAUCCAUGCCAAGUGGCAAUGAAACACCUGAAAGUAGCAAUGCUGAGAAGGAAGUUGAAGGCCACUCUGUCUAUGUCCGUAAUCUGCCCUAUAAUAUGACAACUGCUCAGCUUGAGGUGGAGUUCGAGAAAUUUGGGCCGAUCAAGCAAGAAGGUGUCCAAGUGAGAUAUAAUAAGCAACAAGGAUACUGUUUUGGUUUUGUUGAGUUUCUUUCUUUGAGCUCAAUGAAUAGUGCUAUUCAGGCAUCACCCAUGAUUAUUGGGGGGCGUCAAGCUGUUAUUGAGAUAAAGAGAACCUCCACUCGAGUUGCAGUUGGUAGCGGAAGAGGUAGGUUCCCUUCUGGAAGGGCAGGAUUUCGGAGUGACAGCUUCAGGGGUCGUGGAAAUUAUGGUGGCGGCCGAGGUCUUACCAGGAAUGAAUAUGGAGACUGGAGUGAAUUUUCUGGUCGAGGUAGGAGUUCAGGUGGGAGAGGGUGGAGAGGUGAAGGUUACCAGCAAGGAAGAGGAAGAGGUGGCCGUUUGAGCGGGGCGAAGCAGAACACUAAUUUGGCAUGAGAUCUAACAGCUUCAAAUUAUUUUUUUUAACAGCAACUUUUUGAUUUGGCUAGUGCUUAGCACUCAGGAAAGGGUUAAAAGUUUGUGUUAUGUGUUUAGGCAUUCAUUUGAGAAAUGACUUCCUGAUAGUGAAUUGGAGUUGGAGAAGGCAUUUGCUUUAGUUUUAGAAUGCCAUUAACAGAGAUUAGAGGUAGGCCCCCAGAGUUAUCCCUAGUUUCUAUCAGUCAGUAACUUGGCUAAUGAUGAUUUGUUAGAAACCUUGAUGUGAUGUUGCUCUAGUGGAAGUUGCACAGUUAUAAUUAUUGGUAGCUGUAACUAACAAUCUCAAACAUUUCAAUGGAUUGAUCCAUUUGCAACAA